AUGACCACUUGGUCGGACCUUCUGCCGGAGAUUCUCAACAACAUCUCCGGAAAGUUAGAUUUCUAUGAAGAUUCUGUCAACUUUCUUUGUGUUUGCACUUCAUGGAAGUCUUCUUCCGCCACCACAACCAAACACUCCAUUCAACAUCUCCCUUCUCGGUUGCCCAUGUUGAUGCUUGCAGAAUCCAACACAGAUGAAGACGAUGAACACGAACUGCGUAGGUUCCUUCUUCUAUCCAACGGCGGUACCAUGCGUAAGCUGCCUCUACCAGAGGCGCAACGACAGCGAUGUGUAUCUACUCACGGGUGGCUGCUAACAACCGUGGAACAAGAGUUUUAUACCAAGCUUGUUAACCCGCUUACUCGUGCUCAAGUCGAUCUCCCAAGGCUGUAUAUGAUUGAGGAAUUAUACUUUGAUCAAGAUGAAUGGAUGUACUACUUGUUUAGCAUGAGAAAAGUUGUGUUUACAUCACCAAACCCUUUGUCAUCAGACCCCUCGUUUCGUGUUAUCAUCGUUUGGGGGAGAACUAUCGGGUUUUGCCAGCCCGGAGAUGUUUCGUGGACUCGAAUCAAAGGUUGGGAAGGACAUCUGUUCGAUAUCUCGUAUCAUGGAGCGCGAAAACGGCUCUAUGUAGUGGCCACGAUGGGAGCAAUCUACGAAUGUGACGUAACUAACGAUGUUUUGUGUCCUAAAGCAUUGUCUCGAGUGACAACGUUCCCAGGAGAAGAGUUCGGGUGCUCGUGUGUUCCCUGGGCAUAUUUACUCGAGUGGGGGUGUGACAGUUUGCUAAUGGUUACGCGUGAACGUUACUAUUUCAAGAAACAUGAUGAUGAGUAUGGGCGUUAUGGACCGUAUAGGACUAGCAGGUUUCAAUGUUUUGUAUUUGGGUUAGACGAUGGAAAGUGGUCGAAAAUCGCGAGUUUGGGGGGCAAAGCAGUCUUUAUAGGGUUCAAUUCAUCGUUUGCUAUCGAUGGUGGUGAAGCUGUGAAGCCGAAUUGUAUUUACUUCACCGAUGAUCUUUAUGAACCAUACCGUGGUCUACCGGAGGGCGGUGGAGGAGAUGUCGGAAUAUAUCAUAUGUUUAACGGUAGAAUUGAAACCCUCUUCGAGUCACAAGAGUCGGUGGUUCAGUUCUACCAUUGGAAGGCACCCGAGUUAAAGCUGUCAGAAGUAAAAACAGAGCUUCCGUCUGACCGAGUGGUGUCCCUCAGAAUUGCUGGUGUUCCCGUCUAUCUCAGGGACAACUCGUUGUACGAUCUGAUUGGUGGGCUUUUUGGUAAAGUAGUCCAAGAAUCUUCAUUCUCAUUGUCAGUAUCGGAUAACUCUGAAGGCUCGGUUCUGGUGUUAGUCCCCCUGGGUAGGAGAAUCGAGGAGUCGGUGGUGAUUAACUGGCAGGAGAAAAGAUUUGUUGUAUGGGUUGCGGAGGAAGUUAUAGCUUGGAAACCUGAUCCGAUUAGUGAUUCCCAUUAA